GCUUUGAGUGUGAUGCUAAUAUGUGCAUUCGUAAAACUCAAGCGGAAAUUGCGAACGAGCUUCUGGGAUCGCAUCGAAAUCGUCUUCUACAGCAAAAUAUGGGUGAGGGAAAGACGAAGGUAAUCAUGCCUAUUAUGCUUGCAGCUGCAUCGUACGGACCUGACAACCGACUUGCUCGCGCAACCGUUCUUGCGUCACUAUUCUCUACAAACCUUGACGACUGG